AAGAUGCGUGGUGGGUUUGUGCGGUAACAAAGCGAGAUCCGCGGAGAGGUUGCGCGAGAGCAUCGGGCCCUGUAACUUAGUUAAAGUUGAAGUUAAGCUCAGCGGAGGGCAGGGCGCGGGGGGCGGGGCGGCGCGGCGCGCGGCAGUCGUCAGCGGACGCCCGCGGCGAGAGGUCGAUGCGCAGCUUAUGUCGGUGUCGAUGCGCAGUCAGUGUUCGUACGCAGCCGGUGUUGAGUGCAGUGCGCAUACAGUGCCAACAUAGUGCGUGUCUGUGGGCAGGCGGCAUGCGCGAGGCGCGCGCGUCGCGGCGCCCCGCGCCCAUCUGAUCCGAUGCGCCGAGCUCUUGUCUCGCGGCCGGCGCUGCUGGUCGCUCUCGCCCUCGCCUGCAUGCUGCGAUGCGCGGCGGGGGCGGGCGUGUUUGAGCUGCAGAUCCUCGAGUUCUCCAACUACCGUCUGCAGCUAGCGUCAGGCGGGUGCUGCGGGGGCGCUACGCCCGGGGCGGCGGGCUGUGCACGCGCCUGUCGUACGCGCUUUGCUCUUUGCCUCAAAGAGUACCAGUCCGCCGCAGCCCCGGGCGCUUGCUCAUUCGGUAGAGCAGCAUCACCUGUACUGGGAACGGAUUCGUUUACUCUAGCUGAUCCACUUUAUACUUUGGCGUUACCUUUUUCUUUUAGAUGGACGAGAUCGUUUACGUUGAUUCUACAAGCUUAUGAUGACUUUAACUACACAGAUCCAGAAGAAACAGGACUGAUAGAGGAAGCAUGGUGGUCGGGUAUAGUGGAGCCAGGAGAAGAAUGGCAUGCGCUACGCCAUGCCGGGGCCGCCGCGGCGGUGGCUUACCGUGUCCGAGUGACUUGCCAAGCCAACUACUACAAUACAACUUGUACGACCUUCUGUAGACCAAGGGAUGACAAGUUUGGACACUACUCCUGCUCGUCAGAAGGUGAUAAGAGAUGUCUACCAGGAUGGCAAGGAGACAAUUGUGAAAAACCCGUAUGCAAAGAGGGGUGUCAUCCGACGCACGGACGCUGCGAUCGUCCAGGUGAUUGCGAUUGUCGUCCGGGCUGGCGAGGGGAGCUGUGUUCACAGUGUCAGCCGUACCCGGGUUGCAAGCACGGCUACUGCAACGGUUCUUCCUGGGACUGCACAUGCGACACCAACUGGGGAGGCAUCCUUUGCGACCAAGAUCUCAACUACUGCGGUACCCAUGAGCCUUGCCAACAUGGUGGUACUUGUGAGAACACAGCACCCGAUCAGUACCUCUGUACCUGUGCUGAGGGCUUCUCUGGAGUCGACUGUGAAAGGGUGGACAACCCUUGUGCCCCACAGCCCUGCGCACAUGGUUCCUGUGCACUAUCAUCUACCCCUCCUGGGUUUGUCUGUAGCUGCGAGCCGGGAUGGACUGGAACAUUAUGUGACGCGGACGUAGACGACUGUGCGAGCUCUCCUUGCAGAAACGGUGGACUGUGUCGUGACAGGCUUAACGCUUUUUCAUGCGAAUGUACCACUGGCUGGACUGGACCUACUUGUACUGAUGAUGUCGAUGAAUGCGCGGAAACUGGUGAAAACAACACUGCCGAAGGCAACCUCGGUCCUUGUGUAAACGCGGCAGCAUGUAACAAUACUGCUGGAGGUUACGCGUGUGCUUGCCUCGCGGGAUGGACAGGGAGGGACUGCGAGGUCAACGUGGACGACUGCACGGGGCAAUGCCUCAAUGGGGCAACAUGCAUCGACUUAGUUGAUGACUUCCACUGCGCAUGCGCUGCGGGCUACGCGGGACGGACUUGCGCGAGAGAUGUGGACGAUUGUGCCUCCCGUCCUUGUAGGAAUGGAGGCGAAUGCGUUGAUCUCCUUGAUGCCUAUCGAUGUAUCUGUCCCGUUGGAUUCUCUGGAACGGACUGUGAGGAUGAUAGAGACCACUGCGCGGGUUCGCCGUGCGCUAAUGGGGCACCGUGCUACACCGCGCAGAGCGACUACUACUGCCACUGCGCGCCCGGCUGGACCGGCAAGAAUUGCACGCAGCGCGCCGCCAGGGACCAAGUAGACGAGUGCAGCAUAAAUCCUUGCCGAAACAACGCCACGUGUAUCGCCAAGACCAAUGGUUUCGCUUGUGUAUGCCGUGAAGGUUGGACAGGUGAAACUUGUUCUGUGCGCUUGGAGGAACGAGACCCCUGCGAGGGACUUUGCGCUAACGGAGGCACUUGCAUCAGAGAGCCUGGUGUUUGGCGGUGCGCCUGUCCCGCUGGGUGGAUCGGUCCUUCGUGUGAAACACCCAUAGCUCCACUAGCUCCGCCUACAGUUCCCUCCCCACUCGCACCGCUAGCUCCUCCACCGACGACCAGUUGCGCUUGCGCACACGGAGGAUCAUGUAUUCAAGCUGCUGUGCCUUCUGGUUGGGCGUGUGUGUGCCGUGAAGGCUGGACUGGGACUAGAUGCGAGCGGGCGGUCGACGGUUGCGCUUCAACUCCGUGUCGUAACGGUGGGCGUUGUGUGGGGGGCGCGGGGUGGUGGACUUGCGAAUGUCCCGCGGGGUGGACAGGCACGGAGUGCGCGGAGGCGGCCUGCGAGCCCGCCUGCCCCGCGCCUGCGACCUGUGCUUCUGACGCUGAGCGGGGCGCGAGGUGCGUCUGUCCGCCGCCACCAGCUCGACUGGCUCGACACUGCUUGGAAAUGAUUGCUGGGCUCGGUAUAGAGGGUACGGACGUGGACACAGCUCCGGCGGUGUGCGGAGCGGACAACGGCACGUGGUGGUGGGGCUGCAACGCGUGUCGCUGUGCCGCUGGAGCGCCGGCCUGCACGCGCCUCUGGUGUGGUCUGCCCGACUGCCUCGCGCCCGGCGCGCAGCCCUGCCGCACUGAUGAGGUUUGUGUGCCAGCGGCACCCGCUCUCUGCCUACGCCCUCCGUGCGCACCACUUGGUGAAUGCAGACGCGUAGCUGGUAGACGAGUGGAGCCACCUGCACUACCCGCACCCGCGACGUGCUGGCCCGGCGCCAGGGGAGCCCCGCCAGCAGGCUGCGCGCGGGCUGAGCUUCGCCUAGCACGAGAACGGCUGGCACGUGGCGCGCACGUUGAACGCGCCUGCGCAGCUCUGCGGCGUGCGUUAGCCGCAGCAUUAGCUGCUAGGUCCCCGCCUGCGCCCCCUCUCGCUCUACUCUGCGAUCUCGCGCCUGAUGAUGAUGAUGCCUUGGAUCUUGCCUUGUGGGCGGGUGAAGAAGAAGGAGCUGAAGGUGACAUGAGUUCCGGCGAGGCAGACGCAGGGGCUCUAGCGGCGGCCGUGAGAGCUCUGAGUGAGCUGGUAUCCAGGAGACGUUUGGCGCAGCAUGCAUUGCUCGGCGCUGCGCUACGACUGCGCGUCGUGCACGCGUCUUCGCCGCCGCCCGUAGCCGAAGCCAGCUCUUCAUCCGCUGCUCUCAUCGCUCUAGCAGCUGUAGUAUCACUCCUACUAAUCGCAGCUGGUGCAGCCUUAGCUCUGUUCAUUUAUAGAAGACGAGCCGCAGCGGUAGCCGCCGCGGCGGAGCGCCUGAGACGACGCGAUGAAGAGAAGUCUAAUAAUUUACAGAAUGAAGAGAAUCUCCGUCGAUACGCAAAUCCCUUGCGUGAUGAUAGACCGGCGGAGGAAUUGCCUCGCGCGCAUUCACUGUACAAGGCUCAGAAUGCAGAUGCGCGUAAUAACACUCCGCCCCGGGACAAGGAGCUGACGAAACGCGCGCUCCCUCCACCCGAGCCUCCCCCCGCGCGACACCCGCCGCCCGAGCGGCUCACCGUGCUCGUGUAGCCGCCCGGCCCGCCGUGUGAUACUAGUGUAGGACUGGCGACUUAAGGCGACAUGUGGUAACGUGAUGUCCUAUUGAUACAACUAUGUUAACUUUCUUAUCAUUUUCAUUUUUAUCCACAGAGGGUGAUCACACGACACUAAUGUUUCUUUAUGUUCAGUGGUUCAAUAAUACUUUAAUACUCAUAAUAUUUACUUCAAUACUGUCGACUAUCUAAGAAGCUCAGUAAAAUAUGAAAAAUAAAAAUAACUGAUAUUCAAAUUAAUAGUUAUAUAAAUUCUCCGUCCGUUACCACAUGUAGCCCGCCGUUAAUCUAAAUGUAGUGUUAAUGGACCUUAAUGAAAAAAGACGAGAAAAAUCGCGUCCUUUAUUUAAUUUAUUAUGUUAGUGAAGUUCCGCUGUAAAUAUGUAUUUUUGUAAAUAAUGUUAAAGAGUGUAAUAAUUUUUUGAAUGUUUUAUUGAGAGAUUAUCCGAUGCGAAUGUAUUAUUGUAAAGGUUGUAAUGUUGAUACAAGAAGUGAUCGUUGUAAUAAA